UUGGUGAAACUGGUGUGUGUGGAGCGCGAGGAUUCGUUCUGCUAUGUGGCGGUGUCUCGCGGCGGACGCGUCGGUGUCUACAGUGGUGACAUGCGCCUACUGCACUCUUACGAGAUAUUUUACCAUCGAUCGGGGGUUCGCAAGCGUGUGAAGAACCGAUGGAUAACUGACGCGAUAUACUUACCGGAUGCUCAGUACCUGAUGAUGUCGGCAUCAGACCGCAGUUUGACGGUGUAUGACGCUGCAACGCUGUCACAUACGCCGCUCUACUGUAUUACUGGACUGCCAAGCAUUCCUACAUGCAUGGCGUACACACCUUCGUCGCGUUCAUGUGACACCUCGGAACUCGCGUUCGGCACGGAGCGCGGUGACAUCACGCUCAUGCGGUUCCUCCAGCCGAAACUACAGCUGUUCCAUACUAAAACACCUGAUGCUAUUAAUUAUUACUUCUGGAUGGAGUUGCCGUCCCCCCCUCACACCUCAUACUGCAGCAUCACGCGCUGGCGCAAGGUCCACUCGCGGUCAGUGAAGCGCGUGGCGUACAGUCGCGGCGGCAUCAUCCUCGUCAGCUGUUCCCAUGACGCGACCGCCAGUGUACGCAUCCGACAUGUGCCCGGCAAGAUGGAUGACUAUGUCUUCAAAGUUAUCAGGGGUGUCACUUGUUUCCACAUAGUAUCGGCGCUGCACUUGGUAGCGACAGGCGGCUGCGAUGGCUCAGUGCGACUGUGGCAGCCCUGUGGCCGCGCGCCGUUCGCGACACUCGCAGCUCCCACCUCGCCUGCAAUACUAGAUCUAGCCAUUAUAGCUGCACAUGAACUCAUCAUCGCCUUCUGUAACAACUGUACGUUGUAUAUCUGGGAUCUGUACGAGGAGUGUUUGCUGCAGACUAUCAAGAUUAAGUUCCCGUUUCUUGGAGUUCUCGGCAAGAAGGUCGAGUUUGGUCCUUACUGCAUACAUCCAGGUCCUGUUCGCAAAGAGAAGGAAGAAGAAGAAGAAUCAAUGAUAGAAGAGCCGAUAGUGCUAUCCCGGCGCGCGUCCAGCGUGUACCAGGGCUCUACGGGCGGGCUGAUGCUGCAGCUCGACAUGGAAAACGAAUGGGAUAAGAAGGGAUUGGAAGAUGAACCAGAGUACAAGCGCUUCAACCGCUGCGAGAUAAUGGUGUCCUGCUGUGACUUCGUGUGCACGGUGCGGCUGACUGACGUGAUGGGCGCUGUGGUGCCGCCGCCGGCCGACACGCUGCGGGCACGACGACCCUCCGUGUGGGACCUGCCUGACUAUCCUGCUACUAGCACAUCAUCUACAACUCCUCGUUUGAGACCCUCGUUGGCACCAACUCCUCAACUUCUGUCACCUUCAACAGCAGAGUUUCCUCUUACUGAUCUUGACACGUUACUGGAAAAUGCAGGGUUACAAGGAAUUCUGGAGAAAGACUUCGUUCUAAUGCAAGGACUUAAGAAUGAUUUGAACAAGAAACUGGCAGAAAUGGAAGCAAAUAAGCAAGUGAUGACAAACGCUGUGUCUGCUGGUGCGCCGUACUUGGCGCUGAAGACAUACGACCCGAGCCUCGUGGAGCCCGUCGACGAGAUGCUGGACGAGUACAGACGAGUUAUGAAGCUAUUCCCGAGUACGAGCAUAACCGGGACACCGACUGGUAGUGAGAAGUCCACACCAAGGCGGAGCAGAAGUCAAAAAUUAUGAAAUAGUAAGUGGUGAUUUAACUUGUACCGUGGCUACAGCGGAAUACUACC